AUGAGACAAACAUUUGUGAUUGUUUUUGCAUUGUUGGUUGGUGUGACCUUGGCCCAAGGACCUGGGUCUGGACCUUUUGUCCUACCCCAACCUGUAUCCUUGACAUGGGGCUCACAGGUAGUGCCAAUAAGCGAUGCCAGUACAUUUAUUAUUCAAUCAAAUGUUAACUCUGUCACUUUGAACGUGGCCACCAAGAGAUAUUCAACACUAUUCUUCCCAUUUGGCAAUGGUACAUCUACAAGUGGAGCACCAACUCAAUCAUUAUCCAUCCAAGUUCAAUCAAGUAAUGAGGAUUUGGCACUAGGUGUUGAUGAAUCAUACAAGAUUGCAGUUGACUCUGCAUCAUCCUUGACCAUCACUGCCAAUACAAUCUAUGGUGCCAUGCGUGGAUUGGAAACAUUCUCCCAACUCCUCACCUACAACCCCAAAUCCAACUCCUACAGCAUCCCAUUCGCUCCAAUCUCCAUCUCAGACUCUCCUCGCUUCCAAUGGCGUGGAUUCAUGAUUGACACUGCCCGACACUAUGAACCAGUUAACUUCAUAUUGCAUAUUAUUGAUGCACUUGGAUAUAAUAAGUUCAAUGUGUUGCAUUGGCAUAUGGUUGAUGCAGAGUCGUUCCCAGUCGUGUCAACAACAUAUCCUGAAUUGUCAGCAAAGGGUGCAUUCAAUCCAUUGGCAAUCUACACUCAUGAUGACAUUGAGGAGGUGGUGGCCUAUGCCAAGACCUACGGUAUUCGCGUGAUCCCCGAGUUUGACAUCCCAGGCCAUGCCUACGGCUGGGGUUUUGGAUAUCCCCAACUCCUAGCUCAAUGCCCCGGCUAUGCCUACAACAUCAACAACAUUGCCCUCAACAUCGCCGAGCCCUUCACAUACCAGGUGAUCACUGGCUUGUUCACCGAGAUGGCGGCACUGUUCCCCGAUCAGUACUUCCACACUGGUGGCGACGAAGUGAUCUUUGGCUGCUGGCUGCAGGACCCAUCGAUCGUGUCCUGGAUGAACAAGAUGGGCUUUGACUCCGUGCAUGCCGAGACCUACUUUGAGAACCAGCUCACCUACAUUCUGGACGGACUCAAUCGUACCAAGAUCGUUUGGAAUGAUCCCUUCCAGAAUGGUGUCACUCUGGCACCAGGCACAGUCGUUCAGAUUUGGAACAGUGCAGACAUUACUCAACAGGUGGUGGACGCAGGCUUCAAGGCCAUCGCAUCAUACGCAUGGUACUUUGACAAGCAACAACCAAUGGGCGUGUCGACAGGAGAGUUUGAGAACACUUGGGAGGUGUUCUACACGAGUGAUCCAGCAAGCGGGGUAACAUCCAAUGUGGAUAGUGUGAUUGGAGGCGAGGCGACAAUGUGGAGCGAGCAAGUCGAUCAGAUGAGCUGGGACACGAGAGUGUUCCCAAGAGCACUGGCUGUUGCCGAGCGUCUUUGGUCUGCUGCAUACAUCAACGAUACCAACUCUGCUCUGCCAAGGCUUGAGCAACAAUCAUGCAACAUUGCAAGACGUGGUGUCAACUCUGGACCACUUGAGCCAGACUUCUGUCUCAUCCAGACCUACCUUGGCAUGAGCCGACCCAACCGUCUCCGUCCAAUCAUCAAGUUGGAUCGCGACACAAUCAAGUCCAUUCUCAGUUAA